AUGAGCACAACCUCAUGCGAUCAACGUCAUGCAAACCUCAAGGUACCAAUCCCAGGCGGUCUUAGGCCACAUGCUAUACUUCGACCGGUUAAUCGAAGUUUAGAAGAUCGUCUCGAAGUAAACAGCGCUGGUGACGAUGAUUCCUCUUCGGAAGAGGACGACGGUUCUUCAGAGGAAAAUGGUUCUUCCAGCUCAGAUGAUAGGUUUGAGGAAGAGGCAGAUUGCAGAAUGACACAAUUCUAUGAAGGUGAAUAUCUACAUAGCGGGCCGUCUUCACCAGGGUCUGCAACUGAAGACUCGUAUGACUCGUGUCAAGCUGCUUCAUCAGAUGUAGAGCCUACCCCAGAUACUUCUGAUCAUAACGACCACGUCAAUGCUCAGAUGACUUGGAUGAUUGAAACUCGACACUUGCGGCCAUCCAAUGUUCAUCCCUUUAAUCGAUACGCUGUAGGCGAUACUGAUGAUGAUGAUUCACAUAUAAACUCGCCGUCGCCCUACGAAUCGCUUGGCUUUGUCAACCCCAAGUCCGCCCUAUCAGACGCCAUCUUGUUUUCUCACCCUGCCUACGCUCAUCUCAAGACUCCAGCCCAGCGUGUCAAACACACUCUGGCUGUAGCUGAGAACUAUCUAGAAGAAGCGCGGACAGAGUUAGAAGACGCUCUGAUGGAUCUUCGCCAGGCGAAGCGCUUUGCAGAAGCGGAGAAGCGUGUUGGCUACUCAGUCAAAGACACAAAGGCAGAGCUUCGGGUGGCUAAGACAAAAUUUGAGACGGCGCGUAUCGCUGUUGAUCGAGCAGAAGCUGACGUUAACCAGGCCAAGGAACAGUUAGAAAAGGUUGACGGAGAGACGAAGGUGAGCCAGAGUCAACUUAUGACGCCAGACUUGACGCCUUCGAAGGUUGCGUCCAUGGGCCAUGUUAUCGUGAUCACUGAGUAA